AUGUACAAUGAAAUGCCGAAGGUCCGAGCGAAAUUUCCAGCACGAGAACAUCCACGAUUUCUCUAUUACGAUGUCGAAACCAAUGUUGUUAAGACGGGUUCUUCUCUAGCAGAGCCCAAAAUACCGACGAAACUUGAACCUGCUGCCGAGUCGUUUCCAAACAAAAGUAGUAGCAGCAGCAGAGAUGAUGACGCCGAGAUAUGCCAGCCAAUGCAUGAUUGGCAAACACGAAUAUUUCCCAACUGCAACUUAAGCCAUGAACUAUCAUUACAACCGGAAACUGGAUCAGUGCAGUUCAUUGCAUGCGGUGGAGACCGAUGUGCCUUUCGAAUCCAGGAUCAAAGCCAAGAAGUCGUGUUGAAGAUGUCAAAAUUCAAGAAGGAAUUUGUUCCCUAUAGAUACGAAGACGCCAGGCAUGAUGGGAUGGCCAUGGAACGGCUCCAAGCUUCUCCAUACAUUUUGGAUAUUUAUGGAUACUGUGGCCUGUCCCAAGUGAUAGAGCCUGGUGACGAGGGGGGUGGUGCCCUACACGACUUGAUCAAGACAACGAGACUCAAAGGUGGUGAAACUCUUUCAACGAUCGACAGGAUGAAGAUUUUGUACCAGAUUGCUUCUGGGGUCGCUGACAUGCAUAGCUUCGAGAAUGAUGGUCUUGUGUCUCUUGUACACAAUGAUAUUUGCUGCCACCAGUUCAUCCUCACGAAAGAGGUAUACAAGCUGAAUGAUUUCCACUUGUCCCAGUUCCAGAGAAAGAAUCGAAAAACACAGGAAGUUUGCCCGUCACAUAAUGGAUACAGUGACUGGUACAAAGUAAUUCGCUCGCCCGAGGAGAUUGCCUACAAACUAGGCCAGACGAAACAAUCAAAAACCCUUCUUGAAAAGACUGAUGUCUACACUCUAGGAAAUGUCAUGUACUACGUGUUCACGAUGCAUUGGCUGUUCCAGGAGGUUUCAACAGCAGUUGCUGCGUUGAAAAUCACUACGGGAGAACGAUCACCGUUUCCAGAGAGCAUUCUACAGAGCCAGGAUAGAGCAACUCGGGCGAUGAGAAAGGCAAUCGAAAUGUGUUGGACACACGAUCCUGGUGAAAGACCGACAGCCAAAGAAGUCCGACAAUUCCUUGGAAAGGAGCUCCAAGCAGUGCUUGGGGUGAAAGAUUUGGGUAUCGUGCGUGUGGAUUCAAUCGAGCCUUUACCUGUGGGAUAUCGGUAUAGUGACAGUGAUUUCAACAGUAUGUUCAAAGGGUGA